AUGACCGGCUCCCCAGGCACCAAUCCAAGGCAAUUCCUCGCCUCCCACCUCUUCCUCAAGCUCCCCUACCCCACCAAAGAAUUCUCCGGCCAAACCAUAAUCAUAACCGGCUCCAACACCGGGAUGGGCAUGGAAGCCGCACGACACUUCGUGCGUCUUAAUGCCUCAAAGGUGAUCCUAGCAGUACGCACCGCCUCCAAAGGUCUCGCCGCCAAAAAGUCCAUUGAAGCAAGCACAAAGCGUCUCAACGUCGUCGAAGUCUGGGAUCUCGAUCUCACGUCCUACGACUCCGUGAAAGCGUUUGCAAAGAAAGCGAAGGGGCUAGAAAGACUUGAUGUCGUGGUUGAGAACGCGGCGGUGUUCAAGUUUGACCGGGAGCUGAAGGAGGGAAAUGAGAGUACGGUGACGGUCAAUGUGAUCAGUACUUUCCUUUUGGCGUUGCUGGUGCUGCCGAAGUUGAGAGAGACGGGAGUGAAGCAUAAUAAGAUGCCGGUGUUAACUUUUACUGGGAGUUUUACGCAUGCGGAUGUGAAGUUCCCGGAGAGGAAGGCGAUGAGGAUUUUUGAGGAGUUGAAUAAGGAGGAUGUGAAGUUGAAGGAGAGAUACGAGGUCUCGAAAUUGAUUCAGUUGCUUUGUACUCGCGAAUUGGCAAGUCAGUUGGAUAAGUCUGGGAAGCCGGGUCGGGUCAUCAUUUCCACACUCAAUCCUGGAUUCGUGGCAACGUCUAUUAUGCGGGAUGCCAAAUGGCCGUAUACCUGGUGGCUGGCAUUCUUGAAGGUGGUGUUAUCAAGAACGCCCGAGGAAGGAGGUAGAACGCUUGUCAAUGCUGCUUAUGGUGGAGACGGGACGCAUGGGAAGUAUUUGGACGAUUGUAAAAUUGGAACGGUUUCUCCUUUCGUGACGAGCGAGGAAGGCGUCGAGACGCAGAAAAGAUUGUGGGCGGAGUUGUCCGAGAUACUGGAAAAGAUCCAACCUGGAGUAGUGGGGAAUAUUUGA